UGAAGCGCAUCGGCUUUACUGACCGUAGACGGGCGACGUAGUCUGCAUCAUUCAUUUGCAAAAUGGCUGACCAUAGGGAAAGGGAUUCAUAUUAUUCGCAAACGGAUUUAAGAUCAAAAAAUGAUGAUCCACCGAAUUCACGUUUAUUUGUUAUAUGUCACAAAAGUCUGGAAGAAGAUGACCUCAGAAAAGCCUUUGAAAAAUUUGGAAAGAUUGAAGAUAUUUGGGUGGUUAAAGAUCGUAUUACAGGGGAAAAUAAAGGAGUUACAUACAUUAAAUUUUCGAAAACAUCAGAAGCAGCUUUCGCAUUGGAAGAAAUGAAUGGAAAAAUGUUGGGUUCUGUUGGAAGACCUAUUAAAGUAAUGAUUGCAUCAAACCGUGAUCAAGGGUCUGUCAGAGAAACGAAUGAAGAAGAAAGAUGGGUUCGUUUGUUUUGUGUAUUACCUAAAUCUAUGACAGAUAGUGAACUUCAACAAGAAUUUUUAAAAUUUGGACCUAUUGAAUAUGCAACAGUAGUUAAAGAUAGAAACACAAAUGAAUCAAAAGGCUUUGGUUAUGUAAAAUUUAAAAAAGUAUCCAGUGCAGCAAAAGCAUUUGAAGAAUGUGAUAGAAAAUAUAAAGCUGUAUUUGCUGAACCAAAAAAACCAAAACCUGAACAUAUUGAUGUAAAAUAUAAUAAUGGAUUAUCUUCUCAUUAUGAUGGUACUAGUGGAGGUUAUAGCUCAUCAAAUUUUGGAAAGAGUAGUAUUAGUUUAGAAAUUGCCACAAAUUAUCCUAAUUCUGAAGGUUAUACACAUUUACAAGUAAUUGCACAUCCAGCAUUAAAUCAAGAUCAAUUAUGGAAGUUGUUUGACAUUGUACCUGGAUUGGAUUAUUGUCAUUUGAAAAAUGAUGUAAGAUACAGAAUGCCAAGAGGUCAGGCUGUUGUAGUAUAUUCUAAUCCUAGUGCAGCAGCAUAUGCAAGAGAAAAAUUUCAUGGUUUUGAAUAUCCACCUGGCCAUAGGAUGAUAGUCAAACCAGAUUUAUCAAGUGCACCUCCAAAAAAUGCAAUAAAACCUGGAAGUUCUGGUGGAAUUGCUAGUGCUAGAACAGAUUUAGCACAUUUAGCUGAAACUAUUGCUCAAGCUACAUCUUUAAUUCAAGCUGCAGGAUUAACUGCACCAAGUUUAGAGCAUUCGAUGUGUGUUAAAUUACCGCCUGUGCAACCAAUGGCUAGUAUAGAUGCAGAGGUUGCUAAAAGAUGCUUUAUUGUAUGUGGGCCUCCAGUACCUCCCAUAUAUGCUAUGAAGGAUGCUUUUUGCAGAUUUGGAAAUCUUAUAGAUGUUUAUAUGCUUCCAGGAAAAAAUUGUGGUUAUGCAAAAUAUGCUAGUGUGGAAAGUGCAAAUGAAGCAAUUGAGGUUUUGCAUGGACAAGAAAUUUGUGGAUCUCGACUAAAAGUAUUAGAAGCAGAAGAGCGCAAUGUCGGUGAAGAUCGAAGAAAACGAUUACGGACGGACGAAGAUGAAAAUUAAAUUAUUUUUGUAUAUCUCACUGACUGGUAUACACAAGCUGGACGCAAUAAAAGAGACGAAUUUUAAGACUCACUUGACCACGUCGGGCCCGCAUCCAAGGAAACUACUCCAACUACCUACUUUUAACUACCGCUUACGUUCGCGAUUUCAACGUUACUGAAACUUUAACGCUACUUUACUUUAUCCUUACAUGUCGUUACACGUAUACACACACACACAUGACUUUCUGAUUUUAUUAUUUUAUGAGGCCUGUGCGAAAAGUGAAAAAAAAUUAAAUUAAUUUAAAAAUUCAUUUUAUAAAUAUAUGGAACAUAUAAAAUUAGUUAAAUUUUUAUAAUUAAUUUAAUUCCUUCCUUUAAUAUAAGGAAGGUAUAUGAUGCAAUAUAUUCAAAGUGCGGAUUUAUUGUUGUAUGGUAAUAUAAUAUAGAUUAAUCAGAGGUAAGAGGUAAAAGGUCUCUCUUUCAAUGCAUAUAUAUUUUUGUAUUAAAUUGCAAUUAAAGUUUAUUUAAACAAAUUAAAAAAAAAUAAAUUAAUUCAUUUUUAAAUUAAUGAAUGAUUAAUUAAUGAUUAAUCAAUAAAUGAGAGAAACAAAUAAGUUUCUAGAAAGAAAAUAAAAUGAAAUUAUAUUUUAUAUCCUUGUUUAUAAAACAAGGAUUAUAUUAUUAUUAAUUAUAAUAUUAAUUUUAACUAUUCGUGCAGGCUUUAAAAUAUAACCUAUGCUUUAGAAUUAAUAAUAUAUGUUUUUGUUUAUUAUUUAUAUCCGAUAGUAUAAUUCUGUAUAAUUCUUUUAUUAGCUGUAAUAUGUAUGAAAGAAAACGUAAAGUAAUUUAUUUCUUGUAUGUAUUUCAAGAAAUAUUCGAAUUUCAUAAUGACAAAUAAUAAUAUAUUUCAUAGAAUUAAAAUUUCAAAAUAAGAUUUAUUCCAUAGAAUAAUACUUAUUUUUGUGAGUAUUUUGCAAAUGUAAUUUUGUAUGUUAUAAUAUAGUAUUGCAUAAAAUAUAAAUUGAAAUUAUAUUUUUUAAACUAUAAAUAUAGUAAAUGCAAAUGUAAAAAAUAUUUUUAUGUGCAAAAGAUAUAUUUGAUAAAAGUAAUAUUAAAUUUUAUCAUAGGUUACAAUAAAUUUAAUUUUAGUUACACAAUAAAAUAUUUAAUUUAAUUUUAAUAUUAAAAAGAUUUGGAAAUAUUUCAUUAUCAGUUUUUUUUAAAUAAAAUUAGUUUUUUUAAAUACACAAUUACAGAUGUAAAAAUAAAAAAAAAAUUUUGAACAUUUUCUAUGGAAAUAUUACAAGUAAAUCUUGUUUUGGAAUCAAUAUUCAUGUGUAUAAAUGUAUUUGCAAAUAUUUUAAUAUGUUAGUUUUUACAUUUAGAUAAAAUUUCUUUUAAAAAAAGUACAUUUUCUUAGGGAAUUAAUAUGUUCAUGAUCACAAAUCGUGAAAUACCAAUAUAUAAUUAACGCACAACAUGAACAUUUUAUGAUGGACAUUUUGUACAUGUAUUAGACUGUUCUACUCAAUGACUAUACGCAAUGAUGUUUUAGGAGACUGUAACUGACUUGUUUGAUGAUAUUAAAAUACACAUUGAAUAUUCAAAAUCUUA